AUGAACAAAGAAGAAAAUCAUUACCAAGUUCUUGGUGUUGACCCAAGUGCAUCGAUGAAAACGAUUGCGCAGGCUUAUCGAAAACAAGCUCUGGUACUUCAUCCGGAUAGAAACUCAGACCCGCAUGCAACUGAAAUGUUUAAAGUUCUUCAGAAAGCAUAUGAAACUCUUGCAAAUGAAGUCACUCGUAAUGAAUACAACGCAAACAUGGACUUAGAUGAUAAUGAUGAUGAUGAUGACAAUGAUGUCAUAUUUGGCAAACAUAGUGAACGGGCACAACUGCAAAUGGGCAAAAAAUGGUCAGAAAAUUAUUCCGAAAAAAUAAUUACUUGGUCAAACGAAUAUGAACGUUUGAAUAUUCAAGAUAAUUUUCAUGAGGAAUUGAGUACAGUUCUAAGUGCUACACUGAAACAAUUUGAUGAUUAUUUUGAUAUUAAUGGAAAAAUUACCAAUUAUAAUGUAUGUCAAACAUGUAAACAAAGUUUCCUAAAUCUGGAUGAUCAUCAAUAUCAAGUUACACAACCAUAUAAAAAAUUAUUUGAAGUAUCACAAAAUGCUUCAGUGUCUAAAAAUGCAGCAAUUGCAGAAAUCGACAAACAAUUAAAAAAAUCUAUAAAAUCAAACACCUGGGAUUGGAUGCCCUGCGUUUUACCAACAGACUAUGCCUAUAUAUGGUCAAGUUCUGAGUGGCAGUGUAUAAAAACUAUGAUAGAUCAAAUGCAAGAACCAAUUCGAAUCGUACAAUCAACGUCAUUGAUUGAUAGAUCAAAUAUUUAUAUCGAUGAUAACAGUGACAAUUACAGACAGUGCGAGCGUGUUAUACUUAACUUAAUAGGAGCCAAUCGUUAUCAAUACUUACCGGAUAGAACUAUUAUUGAAGAGGUCGAGAGUUGUUUCAGUAGUGCGCUUUAUUCUAAUUUGAAAUCAUUAAAUAUAACUAAAAUGGCCACAGAAACACGAGUGCCUUUAUUCGAUAAAACUAUGCUGUCCUAUAAGUAUCAACAACUGCUUAGUGGACCUAUCAAUGCGGAUGAUUUUUAUUAUAUAGUUCAAAACCCGUCGCAAGUAAUUCUUAAUAAUUCACAAACAAAUUGUCAUGAUUGUGGAAAAAAAUUUAAUAUCUUUCGCCAUCGCUAUUAUUGUCAAGUAUGUGGCGUAAUACAAUGCUCUGAUUGUCAACUGUGUGAAAGCGUUCCUCAUUUGGGUUAUAUUGGACCAGUAAAAAUAUGCAAAACCUGUGCCGAUGAGAAAUUAGUAAUAGCUAAGAAGACUAUAUAUAAUUGUCUCAAACAAGCAAUUCAAAUAGGUACUUCCGACUGUCUCAACAUUUAUUUAGCUCUUCUGCAACAAUAUACUACAGAAGAUUUAAAAUCUUAUUAUAGACAAACAGGAGAACAUUUUUUUCAAUUACAAAACUAUUCGUUAGGAUUACAAUGCUAUUAUUAUGCAAGAAUCGAAUACAAUGAGCUGUUAAAUAUCAUAGCAGUGGCAUGUCUUCAACAAAAUUACUCACUUGGAGUUACUUGUAUUGAUGUGAUCACAAAAUUAUAUGGUAAAGAUCGAGAGUUUUUACACGAACGAUUUACUGAAUACUGUACAUUGGCAACAUCUUCUAUUAAUGAUUCAUAUAAUAAUACGUUAAUAAGUCUACUGUUCGAUAUGGUAUUAAAAUUAAAUAGUGAAUAUCUACUUUUAAAAUGUAUUGCUUUGGAUGAAGCAAAUAAGUACGAUGCAUGCCUAUUAUAUUUGUUAUACAUAAAAUCAAAAAAUAAUGCAUCAAUCGAUUGGAAGAAAAUUGGUCAAGAAUUUUUACAGAAGCAUCAACUUCAACUGGCAUUGUUUUGUUUUGACACUGCUAAACUAUCAAUUGAUAAAUGGAUUCAACAUCUCGAUCUGUUAUGUUCACAAAGUCAAUACUCGACAGUAGCAACGAUAUUAACGCUUAUUAAUCAAAUAAUGCAUAAAAAUCUAGUGAAAGUCUAUGAAAUACAAAAUCCGAUUGUUUCUCACCUAGGUAAAGUAUUAUUGUCAACACACGCGAAAUUAGAAGAUUGGAUGAAUUAUGCAGCAUUGCUAAUGAAACAAAAUGCUGAAAGUAAAAAAAUCAUUUGGUGUUUAGUAUUCUUACAUGUACAAUUUGGCAACAAUUGGAAGAAUCUUAAAAUUAACUAUCAUUCGCAGCGGAAGCGGGAACAUGUCUUAUUAUGCAAUAAAAUGGAACAAAUUUUAGACAAAAAUGAUGGCGCAUCGCUCCAGUUUAGUGGCGAUAUAUUUCAAACGAACCAAUCAUUCGCCAUGGAAAUAUUAAAUAUGCUAAAUAUUGAAUGGGAAACACUAGGAAACUAUUAUUUUAAUGAGAAAAAAUAUGAGCAAGCAUUGAAUUGCUACUUGAAAAGUAAUUCCGACAAUAUAAAUAAGUAA